AUGUCACCGCACAAUGGGGCUCCUUCCUCCCUGGCGUCUAUAGAAACAGCGCCUCCAACCCACGGAACGCUGCGUACCACCACUUCAGGUUCGCACCCACCAACUUCCUCGUCCAGCGCCAGCAUUGGCCCCUCAGCAGUACAUCCCCCGUCCAUAUCAACCCGGCCGCCGACUGUCCUCUCCAAGAGAGUCGAGAUUCCACGACUCUCAGCGGCUACGGCCGAGUUACUGGCGCGAGUCACCGGGAAUCUCAAAGGAGCGCAGAGAAAUGAUGAUAAUAAGUUCGUUACAUGGACUCCACCUCCUGUUACUCGGACACUCGAAAACCAGAAUAGCCGACAGAAGGGCAAGAUGAGGGCGUCUUCUACAAUCAUCGAACUGCCUACGGCCCCGUUCGUGUACUCGAACAAUGUGGCGCCACCUGCGGUUCCCCAGGCCUCCACAGCUCAGGGAAACACGGUCAAGCCGGUGGCUUUACACAACAUCGCUCCUAAGCCAACAAGCACAUCAUCGGCCGCAGAAGCAUCAGAGAAGAUGGAGUCUCCAACUCCUACCGAUAUUGCUCGACAGCCAGCAAGGACAUCGCCUGCUGCUGCAUCAGUGCCACAAUUGUCUGCAACGGGGUCAUCAGAACCCACUCCUCUAAUCAAUGUCACUCCUAAACCAACAGUAAUGCCAUCAGCCAGUGCAGCGCCAGAGCAUUCCGGGGCUCUAGCUCCAGCCAACAUCCCUGCAAAGUCAAUAGGGACGCCAUCCAUCAUAGCAUCAGCACCACAGCUGGUACCGGUGCCAACAAAGUCCACUGCACCGGCUAAUAUCGCUCCAACCCCCGCAGUGCCAUCAUCGGUUGGUGCGAAGCCGGCAUCACCAGAGUUGCCGAUACCAGGACAGCCACAGUCCGCCUCAGCGGCUAAAACUACAUCCCCAGCAAUUCCGGCUGCCAAGCCCAAGAAACCCGCAGCAACCAGCUCACGCCAACGGAAAAGCGCAACGAAUGGCAACAAGCGCGGCAAAAAGCGCAGACGGAAUAAUGAUAGCGACGGGGAAGAUGUCAUCAGGGCCGGAGACUCCAGUACUGACGAAUCCGACGUUGCGCCGACGGCGACGCAAACCAAAUCCGGCCGUCUGAUCAACCGGCCUUCGUUAUAUGUGCCUCCACCAUCUGCCCCUGUUGUAGCCAAGGAUAAUGUCUCACUGGAGGCGUCGGGUAAUGCUCGUGGACAGACCGUCGCUCGAAAACGCAAGCGUAUCCACCGCCGAGGGAAAGAUGCAAUCAUCACUUGUCUACACUGUCAGAGGGGCCAUAGCCCAUCGAGCAACUCGAUUGUGCUCUGCGACGAGUGUAAUGCGGCCUGGCAUCAGUUGUGCCAUGAUCCUCCCAUCAACGCCGAGGUCAUCACCGUGAAGGAGAAGGAAUGGUUCUGUCAGGAAUGCCGGCCCGUUCAAAUUUCCAUCGUCCAGCCGACCGUCGUUCGGAGCAAUCCUAGCCUUACGACUGGGUUGCGAGGUCCUUCGUAUCCUCCGUUGGUAGUGCCCAAGGCCGAGGUUGGCGCCGGGGAAUAUUCAACCGACGAGCGCCGAGGCUUCCUGUCGGGGCUGUCGCACGCAGCUCUCGUUGAGCUUCUUAUGACGAUAUCAGACAAUAACCCGAUCUUACCGAUGUUUCCUGAGAAUAUGCGGGAACAGCAGUCCUCGAAGUUCGCGUUCCGUCUGCCUAUCUCCGACGUCCCCACUCCGUCGACAUCUGUGUCGGGCAAUGACACUGGGGACUCUACGGCUGCUUCCACCGAAGCGAACCAGAAUGGGGACUCUGCGAUAGACGUCACAUCUUCCUCUACUCGGAGACAUGAGGUCUCGGACGAUGAUUCGGAAUAUGAGUUCCAGGAGCACCGGCUGUAUCCACGGGCUGGAAACGGAUUCCGGCUCUCGCUCAAUGUGGAUGAUAUGGAUAUCAUGAGAGAGGACACAGCCUGUCCGACAUUCAGUUAUUCGCUGCAUGGGACUGCGCGCGUGCGAGCUCAGACGAAUGAAAAGGCUCCUGUCUGGGGCUCGUGA